AUGGGGAAGCGGCGGCGUACGUCGUCAGGCUCGGAGUCGUGGUCGGCGAGCGGCGGGGACAGCGGCGUGAGCCCGCGGCCCUGCCGGCCCGUGCUGAGUCCACCCUCGGGCCUGGGGCGCGGCGUGAAGGCCGCGGGUGCGGGGGUUUGCAAGCAAACAGUUGCUGAUGACCAAAUAGACAAGCUGCUGUUGGCAAAUUGGGGGCUUCCCAAAGCCGUUCUGGAGAAAUAUCACAGCUAUGGUGUAAAAAGCAUGUUUCAAUGGCAGGCAGAGUGCCUCCUGCUUGGACAAGUUUUGGAAGGAAAGAAUUUAGUUUAUUCAGCUCCUACGAGUGCUGGGAAGACUCUUGUUGCAGAAUUGCUUAUCUUGAAGCGGGUGUUGGAAAUGCGGAAGAAAGCUUUGCUUAUUCUUCCUUUUGUUUCUGUGGCUAAAGAGAAGAAAUACUACCUCCAGGGUCUGUUUCAGGAAGUAGGAAUAAAAGUAGAUGGUUAUAUGGGCAGUACCUCUCCAACAGGGCCGUUUUCUUCUGUGGAUAUUGCUGUCUGUACAAUUGAGAGAGCCAAUGGGCUGAUCAAUCGCCUCAUAGAGGAAAAUCAGAUGGAUCUGUUAGGAAUGGUGGUUGUGGAUGAAUUACACAUGCUGGGAGAUCCUCACCGAGGGUAUCUGCUAGAGCUUUUGCUGACUAAGAUUUGCUAUAUUACUCAGAAAUCAGCUUCUUGCCAGGCAGAUUCAGCCAGUCCUCUGUCUAAUGCUGUGCAAAUCAUUGGCAUGAGUGCUACCCUUCCUAAUUUGGCGCUUGUAGCUUCCUGGUUGAAUGCUGAACUCUACCAUACUGACUUUCGUCCUGUGCCACUUUUGGAAUCAAUAAAAAUUGGAAAUUCCGUAUAUGACUCUUCAAUGAAACUUGUGAGAGAAUUUCAACCCAUGCUACAAGUGAAGGGAGAUGAUGACCACAUUGUUAGCUUAUGUUAUGAGACCAUUUGUGAUAACCAUUCAGUAUUACUUUUUUGUCCAUCAAAAAAAUGGUGUGAGAAGCUGGCAGAUAUCAUUGCCCGAGAGUUUUAUAAUUUACACCAUCAACCUGAAGGAUUGGCAGGACCAUCUGAAUUUACACCAGUGAUUCUGGAACACAAGGGCCUUCUGGAAGUGAUCAAUCAGUUAAAACGUUCACCUUCGGGACUAGACUCUGUGUUACAGAAAACUGUGCCAUGGGGAGUAGCAUUUCAUCAUGCAGGUCUUACUUUUGAGGAGAGGGAUAUCAUUGAAGGAGCCUUCCGUCAAGGUCUUAUUCGGGUCUUGGCAGCAACAUCUACUCUUUCUUCUGGAGUAAAUUUACCUGCACGCCGUGUGAUUAUCCGAACUCCCAUUUUCAGUGGCCGAACCCUAGAUAUUCUUGCUUAUAAGCAGAUGGUUGGUCGUGCCGGCAGGAAAGGAGUAGACACAGUGGGUGAAAGUAUCUUAGUUUGUAAGAACUCUGAGAAAUCAAAAGGAAUAGCUCUACUUCAAGGAUCUCUAAAACCUGUUCGCAGUUGUCUGCAAAGGCAAGAAGGAGAAGUGGCUGAUAGCAUGAUACGAGCUAUUCUGGAGAUAAUAGUUGGUGGAGUGGCUAGUACGACUCAAGACCUGCAGACUUAUGCUUCUUGCACAUUUUUGGCUGCUAGUGUGAAAGGAGGGAAGCAGGGAAUUCAGAGAAAUCAAGGUGCUCCUCAAUUUGGGGCAAUUGAAGACUGUGUGAAGUGGCUGCUAGAAAAUGAGUUUAUCCAGAUAACAGAAUCCAGCAAUGGAGCAGAAGGAAAGGUGUAUCAUCCUACACAUCUUGGCUCAGCUACUCUUUCUUCUUCACUUUCUCCAACUGAUACCUUAGAUAUUUUUGCUGACCUCCAAAGAGCAAUGAAAGGUUUUGUUUUAGAGAACGACCUUCAUAUUGUCUACCUGGUUACACCUAUGUUUGAAGACUGGACUGCUAUUGAUUGGUAUCGCUUUUUCUGUUUAUGGGAGAAGUUGCCGACUUCUAUGAAAAGGGUGGCAGAGCUUGUAGGCGUUGAAGAGGGGUUCUUGGCUCGCUGUGUGAAAGGAAAAGUGGUAGCCAGAACCGAGCGGCAGCACCGACAAAUGGCCGUCCAUAAGAGGUUUUUCACCAGUCUUGUGUUACUAGAUUUGAUCAGUGAAAUUCCCUUGAAGGAAAUUAAUCAGAAAUAUGGAUGCAAUCGUGGGCAGAUUCAGUCUUUGCAACAGUCGGCUGCUGUUUAUGCAGGAAUGAUCACAGUGUUUUCCAGCCGUCUGGGCUGGCACAACAUGGAGCUGCUGCUUUCCCAGUUUCAGAAGCGCCUCACGUUUGGCAUCCAGAGGGAGCUGUGUGACCUGAUCCGCGUGUCCUUACUCAAUGCGCAGAGAGCCAGGUCCCUCUAUGCUUCUGGCUUUCUGACUGUGGCAGAUCUUGCUAGAGCAAACACUGCUGAGGUGGAGAUGGCUCUGAAGAAUGCUGUGCCUUUCAAAAGUGCUCGGAAGGCAGUGGAUGAGGAAGAGGAAGCAGUUGAAGAACGUCGGAAUCUGCGAACCCUUUGGGUGCCUGGCAGAAAGGGUUUAACUGCAAGGGAAGCAGCAGCCUUGAUAGUGGAAGAAGCUGGAGUGAUUCUGCGUCAGGACCUAGUUGAAAUGGGAGUGCAUUGGGAUCCAGCUUCUCCCGUGAGGUCUGGCACAAGUUCAGAGACCAGCAGCAUGUCAGGAGUAAAGGUGCACACGUUGAAAUCCCAAACUAAGUGUUCUCACAAAAGACUACGAUCAAAUAAUCAAAGCAGCACACAGCUGAGUGAUUAUAGUGAUGAAGUUUCAGCAAAGAGACAUCAAGAUUUAGAUAAAAAUAGAAAGCAUUCAAAUUCUUCCCAUAAGCUCCAGGAGGGGAAUCGGAGUGACUCCAUCUUCAGAAUGAGAAAGCGGGCUGCUUCGGGUGCAAGUAAAGAGAAGCUUGGAGCUGCUUUGAGGGAGAGGAACACGAGCGCUACCAGAAUUGUCCGGACUUUCUCAUUGGAGAAAACAAAAAGAACUGUUUUGAGUUUCAGUUCAGAGCAGAUGAGCCCUAGUUCUCCCUCUUGGAAACAAGGAAAGUUUCUAAAAAAGCCCAGGGACAGUAGCCCUGUGCAAGAAUCUGAGAUGCAGCAAGGUGAUUCACAACAACAGAGUGUCUCUAGACCUAUUUUUUGUGAAAACUCACCUUCCUUUGAUGAGCAAAAUAUGGAAUUUAGAAGUCCAGGGUCAUGUGCCAAAAAUAUGUCAUCUUGUGACAAGGAAGAAUACAAGAAAACCUCAUUCCUGUUACAAACAGAGCAGGCUUGUUUAGAGAAAAGAACAAGUAAUAAUGUUCUUAAGGAACAUUUUGUAACAGGAAUCCAAAGUGAAAAUAUAACUAGUCAUGUCAUCAGUGUGGCCAAUAAAAACAGGAGAGGAAUAGCUGUUGCUGAGGCAGAAAAGAUCGAUGAUGUGCUAAUAAUGCAGAAAGGUUCAAAAAACCAGAGCAUUUCUGUGAAACACCGUGACCCCCAUCCAGUUAGCCAGGGUCUGGGACAGCAGUGUGCUGAGCAGAUAAACACUUGUACGGAGCCAAAGAGACGUGAGUCCUGUGAGAUAGUCAGUAGCCGUACCUUCAGAGACUCAGAUGUUACUACUGCUAUCUGCUGUGGUAGAAGAAGUGUUGACAUGGAGAAUAAGCCAGGUUGUUACCAGGUAUUAGGAGAUGACGUAAGCAAAACUGAGUUACCUCAGGGAUUGGUUCAGUCAACUAUAGAAUUACAUCAGUCAGGAGGCAAGCGUGAAGAACAUUCUCUAAAUUCUAGAGUACAAGAAAAAGCAGAUGUUUCUAAGUUAGGUUUGGUCCUCUGUGAGUUUGCAGAUAGUUUCUAUCUGGACACUCAGUCAGAGAAAGUCAUCCAACAGUUGGGAACUACAAAUGCCAAUCAAGAAACAAAGAUGAGCGCCCUAGCAGCAGGGGCAAUGCAGAAGGGCUUAGACCCUCAGAAUGCGUGUCCUAGAACUCCUAGUGAACAGCAUUCUGUAAGUGUGGCUAGACCAGACCAGCUGGAAGCUAAGGUUGUAGAUACUGUGAAGCAAAGCACUGAAAAUGGGGUUGAUAGGCUGACUACAGAAAGCCCUAUUUUUCAUUCUCCAGUACUAUUGGGGGAAAAUAACCCUGGCUUUAAAGGAAUUGAACAUUCUGUUACUGAUUCCCAAUUAAACAGUUUUCUUCAAGGUUUUCAAACUCAAGAAAUGGUAGAACCAGUCAUGCCUCUGGCUCCUCAAAUGAAAACUCCCACUGGGAUUGAGGCAGUGUGUCUCCCACCUCCUGAAACCAGUUUGAAUUUAAGUGACAGUAUACUGUUUGACAGCUUCAGUGACGACUUCCUAGUAAAUGAGCAACCAUGUGAUGGCCAAGCACGACAGCCCCUUUCUGAAACGACACCAAACCAUGUCAGCAGUGCGUGGUGCCUGCAGCAGGAAGACCCAAUGGGAGAAGCUGGCCCGAAUGAGCAGCAAGUUGGUCAGCAGCAGCUGCCUUGUUUCAGUGAUGAGUCUAUUGUGUUUUCAGAAGCGGAUUCUGUUCAGAUGGUUGAAGUCUUGGACAGUGUGGCUGUCCUUCCUGCCCAAGAGAAGUGUCACUUUGCAGUAUCUCCUGAAGCAUUGGAACUGAGUGAUUCAGUGAUAGGUAAUGAUCACUCCCAAGAAGCCCCUGGAGAGCAGGAUGGGGAGGCUCAGCAGUCCAGACUCACUGAGGCAAGGCCAGAUAGUUCACUCACGUGGUCAGGAGCAUCAUUUGACUUGAGUCCAGGACUUCAAAGACUUUUAGAUAAAGUGUCCAGUCCUCUGGAAAAUGAAAAGCCAGCAUUAAUAAGCAUAAACUUGCCUUGUUUGAAAGACAAAAGCACAGAAUUAAAUGGGAGACAGGAAGGGAUUUCAAAUUUGGAGAGAGGUCAACUUGAGAGAAUUUCAGUUUUUUCUAAUAAUCAAGUAAAAAGCAAGAUUGAGGCACUGGAAAACAGUGUCAGUCACGAUGAAACUUCAGGCUCCUCACCUUGUAAGGAGAGGACUACAGCCGAUGAUAACGGCCUCGUUCCUCCUACACCCAGGACAGCAUCUGCUUCUACGCUGGCAUUUGCAGAAAUUCUUGGCCCAUCUGUAAAACAUCAGAAAACUAGUAGCCGUAUGCUCCAGCCUGGUGAAGGUUGUGUGUCUGGCUCACCUUCAGAUAUUCACGAUCGUGACUUGAGUCCAGAGAGAAGACAUGGUUCCAAGGACUGCAGUCCUAAAGCACAGCUGUCUCAGGGCGGCUUGCAGUUGACGUCUUCCUCAUGCAGCUCAGAAAGCUGGGCCAUCAUUGAUGUAGCAAGUGAUCAAAGUCUCUUUCAAACAUUUGUGGAUGAGUGGCAAUGCAAAAAGCGGUUUUCCAUCUCGCUGGCUUGUGAGAAGGUUAGAAGUCCCACGUCUUCUAAAACUACUACUAUUGGUGGUAGGUUGAAGCAAGUUAGUUUACCUCAGGAAGCCCCUGUGAUAGAUGAUGGAUUUCCUGUCCCAGGCUCUGAUGACAUCGCGGUGGUUGGACUGGCAGUGUGCUGGGGUGGCAGGGAUGCCUAUUAUUUUUCACUGCAGAAGGAGCAAAAGCAUUCUGAAAUGAGUGCCAGUCUGGCCCCACCUUCUCUGGAUCCGGCCUUGACUGUGAGAGACAGGGUGCGGCGCCUUCAGUCCUGCUUGCAGAAGGACUUUAAUAAAGAACGCUCUGUUAUCAUCUACGACUUCAUCCAGAACUAUAAAAUCCUCCUUCUAUCUUGUGGCAUUUCUUUGGAACAAAGUUAUGAAGAUCCUAAGGUGGCCUAUUGGUUACUCGAUCCAGAUUCUAAGGAGCCGACUCUUCAUAGCAUAGUGACUGCUUUUCUUCCCCAUGAGCUCCCACUCCUUGAUGGAAUGGAGACAGGCCAAGGAAUUCAGAGCUUGGGGCUGAAUGUGAGCACUGAGCAUUCUGGGCGGUACCGAGCAUCUGUAGAGUCCAUUCUCAUCUUCAACUCCAUGAACCAACUCAACUCUCUGUUACAGAAGGAAAACCUUCACGAUAUUUUCUGUCAAGUGGAGAUGCCCUCUCAGUAUUGCUUGGCCUUGCUGGAACUUAAUGGAAUUGGCUUCAGUACUGCGGAAUGUGAAAGUCAGAAGCACAUCUUGCAAGCCAAGCUGGAUGCCAUUGAGAGUCAGGCUCAUCAGCUAGCUGGCCACAGCUUCUCCCUCACCAGCGCUGAUGACAUUGCGCAGGUUUUAUUUUUGGAAUUGAAAUUGCCACCGAAUGGAGAGAUGAAAAUGCAAGGCAGCAAGAAAACUUUGGGUUCUACCAGGAGAGGGAAUGACAGUGGAUGCAAGCCGCGGCUGGGCAGACGGUUCAGCACUAGUAAGGAUGUCUUAAAUAAAUUAAAGGCAUUACAUCCUUUACCAGACCUGAUACUGGAAUGGAGAAGAAUAAGUAAUGCUAUUACCAAAGUGGUCUUCCCAUUGCAGCGGGAAAAGCGCUUGAAUCCUUUCCUUGGAAUGGAAAGAAUCUAUUGUGUAUCACAGUCACACACGGCUACAGGACGAAUAACCUUUACAGAACCAAAUAUCCAGAAUGUUCCAAGAGAUUUUGAGAUUAAAAUGCCAACACUCAUAGAGGAAAGCCUACCUUCUCAAGCCUUAGGCAAAGGCCUCUUUCCCAUGGGCAGAGGACAAAACAAGAAGGGCUGUGGCCUGCACUCUGGAUACCAGGCACUGAUGGAGGAGAAGGCCUCAGGUAGAAGGGUGCCAUUUUCAGUGAGCAUGAGACAUGCCUUUGUGCCUUUUCCAGGUGGUUUGAUACUGGCUGCUGAUUACUCUCAACUUGAACUGAGAAUCUUGGCUCACUUAUCUCAUGAUCUUCGUCUUAUUCAAGUAUUGAAUAGUGGAGCUGAUGUUUUCCGGAGCAUUGCGGCAGAAUGGAAAAUGAUAGAGCCCGAGUCCGUUGGGGAUGAUCUAAGGCAACAAGCAAAGCAGAUUUGCUAUGGAAUUAUUUAUGGAAUGGGAGCUAAAUCUUUAGGAGAGCAGAUGGGCAUUAAAGAAAAUGACGCUGCUUGCUAUAUCGACUCCUUCAAGUCCAGAUACACAGGUAUUAAUCAUUUCAUGAGAGAAACAGUGAAGAAUUGUAAAAGAGAUGGGUUUGUUCAGACCAUUUUGGGAAGGCGUAGAUAUUUGCCAGGAAUCAAAGACAACAACCCUUAUCUUAAGGCUCACGCUGAGCGUCAGGCCAUCAACACAACAGUCCAAGGAUCCGCUGCUGAUAUAGUCAAAAUAGCCACAGUUCACAUUCAGAAACAAUUAGAGGCCUUCCACUCAACCUUCAAAUCCCAUGCUCAUCGGGAGGGUGUGCUCCGCAGUGACAGAACAGGAUUAUUGCCAAAAAGAAAACUUCAAGGGAUGUUCUGUCCGGUGAGAGGAGGGUUCUUCAUCCUUCAACUUCAUGAUGAGCUUCUAUAUGAAGUGGCUGAGGAAGAUGCUGUUCAGGUAGCCCAGAUUGUCAAGAAGGAAAUGGAAAGUGCUAUGAAACUUUCUGUGAAACUGAAAGUAAAAGUGAAAAUAGGUGCCAGCUGGGGAGCACUGAAGGACUUUGAUGUAUAACAGGGCAGGUGACCAGGUACCCGAAGGAGACUGGCACAGAUCUAGUCACCCGGAAAGCACAGAAAUUUCCCUUUUGUCUUCUUCAUGAAGGCCAGUUUCCCAGUCUUGCUGAGCAGAGGGUAGCAUUUCUGCAGCGAGAGUUUCAAAUCUUUAUCAGGUCUACACUGUGUAGCAUGAGAAAAGAUUUUGAGUGGAGGUUUAAUGAGUAUAGUCACUCUCAGAGUAUCUUUGAGUUUGCCUUUCAUAAUUUAUUGUGGCUGUAAGUAGGUUUGGAAUAUAUACUUGAACUAUGCACUUGGCACUUUAGAUCAUCACCUAUCAGUGUUGAACAUGAAGGAAACAUCAUGUCUGUGGCGUUUUUAUUCCUGUCUGGAAUUCACGCACUUACAUAGAUCUCACAGGAGCCACAGAAAGAUAAGAGUUUCAUGUAUAUCACCAGGGUUAAGCAUUGUGUCUGAUCUUUUCCCUCCAGUAUUAAAGACUUUUGAAGUAGAAUUUAAGUAACAUUAACUGAUAAAUUAGAAUUAUAAAAAGUGGUAAGAUUUGAUAUGGUUGGAGUCCAAGUAUGAAUUUCAUGUGUUGUGAAAACUCAUGUUGAAAAGAUUGUAUUUCGUAUUCCCAAUCAGAUGUAUAAGACUGACCUUUUUGCUGUUGAAAUAAAUUUAUUAGAAACUUUA